UAUUAUACAACGUUGCAUAGGGACGCUGGUAGGAAUAAAUGAAACGAUUUCACAUCACGGCAAAAACAAGAGGUUUGUCGCGAAAUAUAAUUUGCGCUUAAUUAAAAGUGUAAAAGUGAUUACAGGAAGGAUAUUAGAAGCGAUCUAUUCCCUAUUUGGAUAAAUCGUCGAUUUCAAUUUUAUAAAUUGUGUAGAAAGUCGUACGAAAAUAUUUUGUAUAUUCGCCGUCGAUGCGAUACUGUUCGGUUUUGUUCAUUUCGCAUAUAUUUUGAAGUAGAUAGAAGAAGCAUACAGACGAAAAAAGGCGGCAGAAAUCACUGAGUGAAUAUUAUUUAUUAGAAGGACAUACAUUUAAGCACGUGCCCCUCUGUAUUCGGAAAAAAGCAGUUUGAACAAAAUUAUCGCCGACAACUUAAGACGCAGACGAGAACGUUGCUUUUAUUACAAAGUAAUGGCAAUGCUUUCUACAGAUGAAGCCAGCAAGCUGCUGGACUUUUCUCAAAAACUGGAUAUAAAUCUCCUUGAUCGUAUAGUCGAGUGUUUGUAUACCUCCCAAGGCGAGCAGCUUCGCAUAGCUCAAGAUAUCCUCACUACUUUGAAAGAACACCCUGAUGCUUGGACACGUGUUGAUAGCAUUUUGGAAUUUUCACAGAAUCAACAAACAAAGUUCUAUGCUUUGCAAAUUUUGGAAGAAGUCAUAAAGACACGCUGGAAAAUUUUACCUCGUAACCAAUGUGAGGGUAUAAAGAAGUAUGUCGUUGGUUUAAUAAUAAAAACUUCAUCUGACCCUGCUACAAUGGAGGCUAAUAAGGUCUAUCUAAAUAAGCUUAAUAUUAUCUUGGUCCAAAUUCUAAAGCGUGAGUGGCCACGUAACUGGGAAACAUUCAUAAGUGAUAUAGUGGGUGCUUCGAAGACCAACGAAUCGCUGUGCAAGAACAAUAUGGUCAUUCUAAAGAAUUUAAGCGAGGAAGUUUUCGAUUUUUCUUCCGGCCAAAUAACUCAAACUAAAGCAAAACACCUCAAGGAUACAAUGUGUUCCGAAUUUGCCCAAAUAUUUCAACUAUGCUCUUUCGUCCUUGAAAGUUCAAUGAAUGCACCGUUGAUUCAAGUAACGCUGGAAACACUUUUGCGUUUUCUAAACUGGAUUCCUCUCGGAUAUAUCUUUGAAACUUCCCUGAUAGAGACAUUAAUAUUCAAGUUCCUCAGUGUGCCAAUGUUCCGCAAUGUAACAUUGAAGUGUCUGUCGGAAAUUGCAGGUCUCACCGUUCCGAAUUACAACGAAAAUUUCGCUACUCUAUUUAGAGAUACAAUGACACAACUUGAUCAAAUGAUCAAUCAGAACACAAACAUGAAUCAUAUUUACGCAAAUGGCAGCGACAGCGAACAAGAGUUUGUUCAAAAUCUAGCAAUGUUUUUGUGUACAUUCCUUAAAGAGCACGGCAAACUGGUAGAGGACGUAAAAUAUGUGGAUUAUUUAAACCAAGCUCUAUUGUACUUGGUUAUGAUAUCGGAGGUUGAAGAUGUUGAAGUUUUUAAAAUAUGCCUUGAAUAUUGGAAUAGUCUUGUCGAAGACUUAUACACUAGCGAACCCUUUGGAAGUGGUGGUUCAAAUGUUCAUCUGGGACAAUCAGAUGUUGUGACAUUGGCGAAGCGCAACGCAACAUUUCCUCGCCGUAGAUUUUAUGCUAACGUUUUAUCUAAAGUUCGCUACAUAAUGAUAUCAAGAAUGGCUAAACCCGAAGAAGUCCUCGUUGUAGAGAACGAAAACGGAGAAGUUGUUCGAGAAUUUAUGAAAGAUACUAAUGCAAUUAAUUUAUAUAAAAAUAUGCGCGAAACAUUAGUAUUUUUAACCCACUUGGAUUAUGCUGACACCGAACGAAUUAUGACGCUUAAACUUUUAAAUCAAGUAAAUGGUUCCGAAUUUUCCUGGAAAAAUUUAAAUACAUUGUGUUGGGCCAUUGGAUCAAUUUCAGGUGCUUUCUGCGAAGAGGAUGAAAAGCGAUUUUUGGUAACUGUUAUUAAAGAUCUCUUGGGUUUAUGCGAACAAAAGAAGGGUAAAGAUAAUAAAGCAAUUAUUGCAUCGAAUAUUAUGUACGUAGUUGGACAAUAUCCACGAUUUUUGCGAGCACAUUGGAAAUUCUUGAAAACUGUUGUCAACAAACUUUUCGAAUUCAUGCACGAAACUCAUGAUGGUGUUCAGGACAUGGCAUGCGAUACAUUUAUAAAAAUAGCCAUAAAAUGUAGAAGAUAUUUUGUGACGAUACAACCAAACGAGGCAUGUACAUUCAUAGAUGAAAUAUUGAGUACUAUGAGCAGCAUUAUUUGUGAUCUUCAACCACAACAGGUGCACACAUUUUAUGAAGCUGUUGGAUAUAUGAUAUCGGCUCAAGUAGAUCAAGUACAACAGGAUAUAUUAAUAGAAAAAUACAUGUUUUUGCCUAACCAAGUGUGGGAUGAAAUAAUUUCACGCGCUUCUAAGAAUGUGGAUUUCCUCAAAAACAUGACAGCUGUUAAGCAAUUAGGAAGCAUAUUGAAAACAAAUGUCGCAGCAUGCAAAGCGCUAGGACAUGCAUACGUUAUUCAGUUGGGUCGUAUUUAUCUAGAUAUGCUGAAUGUGUAUAAAAUAACAUCAGAAAACAUUAUUCAAGCUAUUGAAUUGAAUGGCGUUAAUGUCAAUAAUCAACCACUAAUAAAGGCGAUGCAUGUUGUAAAAAAAGAGACCCUAAACCUCAUAUCAGAAUGGGUAUCGCGUUCUAACGACAAUCAACUUGUUAUGGAUAACUUCAUCCCUCCUUUGUUAGAUGCGGUUCUCUUGGAUUAUCAGAGGUGCAAAGUACCAUCAGCACGGGAACCAAAAGUUCUCUCAUCUAUGAGCGUUAUAGUCCAUAAACUGCGAAGUGACAUUACGAAUGAAGUGCCGAAAAUUUUUGAUGCGGUCUUUGAGUGUACUUUAGAUAUGAUUAACAAAAACUUUGAGGAUCAUCCACAGCAUCGCGUAAGCUUUUAUGAGUUAUUACAAGCAGUCAAUGCCCAUUGCUUCAAGGCAUUCUUGAACAUACCACCAGCACAAUUCAAGUUAGUUUUUGAUUCGGUUGUAUGGGCAUUUAAACAUACCAUGCGUAAUGUUGCAGAUACAGGCUUAAAUAUUUUAUACAAGAUGCUCCAAAAUUUAGAACAACAUCCAGCAGCUGCACAGAGUUUCUAUCAGACGUAUUUUACGGACAUUUUGAUGCAGAUAUUUUCGGUUGUUACUGAUACGUCACAUACGGCUGGUCUUGGAAAUCAUGCAAUUAUUCUAGCUUAUAUGUUCUCGUUGGUAGAAAACAAUAAGAUUACUGUAAAUCUUGGUCCAAUACCAGACAAUACAAUUUUCAUACAAGAAUAUGUGGCUUCAUUGCUCAAAUCUGCAUUCAGUCACUUGACAGACAACCAAAUAAAGGUAUUUGUUACGGGUCUAUUCAAUUUAGACGAAAAUGUACAAGCAUUUAAGGAGCACUUAAGAGAUUUCUUAAUUCAAAUACGGGAAGUUACUGGGGAGGAUGACUCUGAUUUAUAUCUAGAAGAACGGGAAGCCGCCCUACGAGAAGCGCAAGAGAGUAAAAUGUUAAUGCAGCGCAACAUACCAGGAAUGCUAAAUCCACAUGAAUUGCCAGAGGACAUGCAGGACGAAUAAGUUAAUGUUGAAUUCAAAAUCUGCCCUUUGCAAACAAGAAUAUCAAUGAACAGCAAAUUUCAAAUAUUGGAAGUUUGUUAAAAUAUGAUAAACAUCAAGAUUCGAGCGAAAGGAUAUAAUGCCAGCAUAACUGUAUACACUAUUCAGCAGCUAACAUCUUGAGAUCAUAUACAAUAUACACAUAUUUGAAUAUUCAACACUAAGCUCACCAAUUCACAUACGAACUUAACUACAGCAGUAACUUGUUUGUGUUUUUUGAAUAACAUAAUAAUGAUAGAAUGUACAUUAAAAAUUCAAAGAAUUAAAUUUAAAUUUGCCCAUUUAAAAUAAAACUAAAAGAAUUAAAAAUAAAGAUCAACAAUAAACGACAACUCACAAUCGAUUUUUCAGGAUAAUGUAUGUAGUAGUGUACAUUGUUAAAAUGUGUUAAUAGCUUAUAACACCAUUUAUCACCUUUCAUAUAUUAUAAUUGUUUGUAUGUGACCCAAUGAUUUUAAUUAUAUUUUUAUCAGUUUGAAUGCGAUUAAUAUAGUUUUUAAUACGUAUGAAUGUAUAUGCUUUGAUAAUUAUCAAUGUAAAGAUUAAAGCAAAUUUCAAAUUACCACUAUUAUCAAAGAAUUAAUGGAGUUAAUCGCCGAAUUCAAGUAAUAGACCUUGAAUAAAAUUUUGGUUAUAACACUA